AUGGUAUUCAAAUUCACCAUAGACAAUUUCAUAAACCCUUAUGUUCCCAAAAAUAACUUGGAAAAGAGCCUACCUGUACCUGUACGAAGAUUCUUUGGCAAACAUAAAACGAGCCCUAAGGACGAUUAUUGGGUAUGGCUAGAGAUCCUAGUUGCAUCUUUCGCCGGUAUUGCCUUGUUAGAAGGUGUCUUUAAAAGCCACACGGCUUUUACAUCUCACCAUGCGCCUAUGAUCAUCGCUAGUUAUGGAGCAACUGCUAUCUUGUGCUUCAACACAAUUGGAGCACCUUUGGCACAACCCAGAAACAUUCUCAUGGGCCAUUUUAUUUCUUCGCUAAUUGGGAUAUGCGUUCAGAAGUUGUUUCUGCUUAGCGAAGGUGGUAGAAACAACUACUGGGCUAGCGGUGCAUUGAGUGUAGGAAUUUCCUCAAGUGUGAUGAGCAUAUGUAACUGUGUUCAUCCGCCCGCAGGUGCUUCUGCAUUGUUACCUUCCAUUGACGAAGGAAUUCAGGAGAUGAGCUGGUGGUACUUACCCAUGCAGCUUGUUUCCUCCAUUCUUAUCAUCUGUGUGGCAAUGAUAACCGGGAAUAUUAUUAGAAGCUAUCCCGCGUAUUGGUGGACUGCAGCUCCCUUAGGUAAACCUGAAACAAUUGUGGAACCAGAAAAAGAACCUGAAACAUCAAUUGAUGAAGAGGCAAGGAUUUCAUUUGAAGGUGUUACCAAAAUGAAUGGUAUGGACCUGGUCGAAAUCAGUAAGACAGCUAUCUUAGUCCCCUCUCAAUUGGAUCUUACAGAGUUAGAGGUUGAGUGGUUAAACUCCAUUCAAUCCAAACUUAAACAGUAG